GAGUUAUGGUUUUCUUCUGGUGUCCCUAUGCCAGCAGAAUGCUUGAUACACGAUGAAGCCUCCUUUCCCCUCUGGGCACGGAGAAGACGGCUGUGCUACCCUGCUGACGAUCUCUUUUACUGCAUGCCCGCAUUCGCUCGCAAACCACAUCGAGAAUACUUUGUAUCGUUCCAGAUCUUCAGUUCCCACGAGUCAAACGGCUUCCAGAAGACUACUCAAUUUGGGAGAGUGCUUCCGUUCCAUUUAAGCCUUCCUUGGGCAAUCUACUUCAAUAUCUACUACCUGGUUUCGCAGACUGGCAUGUUUUCAUGCCAGUCCAUGAAGCCUAUAUCGUAGACGAUGUUCGCCUUCUUCUGUUCAGCUUCGUGUUAGGUGCCCUUUUUGGAAGACGGUCUUUUGCGCCACUGGUUCAGUCAUCAUGAUCAGAUUAUGGGCUCUCUCACUUGCGCUCGCAAGCUCUAUCCUCGCAGAACCUUUGGCACAUGGACCUUGGACGGGCUGGAAGCAUGUCAAGUAUUUGUUCGUGUUUGGUGAUUCAUACACCCAGACAGGCUUUGAUGUGAAGGGAACGCAGCCCAAUCCGGCGAAUCCCAUGGGCAAUCCACCAUAUCCUGGUUGGACAUCGUCAAACGGACCAAAUUGGGUAGACUUCCUCACCUAUAAUUACAACGAGAGCUAUUUGCAGACAUACAACCUUGCUUACGGUGGCGCAACCGUGGACAGCGCGCUCGUGGCGCCAUGGCAGCCCACUGUUCUCUCAUUGAAGAACCAGGUCCAAGAGCUCUACCUCCCCAAUUAUGGUUCACAUCCGGCACCUGCGCCGUGGAAGGCCAGUGAUUCCCUUUUCGCUUUCUUUAUCGGGAUUAACGACGUCGGUAAUACGUGGUGGCUGAAUAACGCAACUCUUUACGAUCUCAUCUUCGCCCAAUACGACAGCCUGCUCGAGCAGGUUUACAGCACUGGGGCGCGCAACUUCCUGUUCCUCGCAGUGCCGCCUGUCAACCUCGCACCUAUGACGUUGGCGAAUGGUCCUGAGGCUGUUGCGGGGGAAGAUGCAGCUAUCCGGGAUUGGAAUACCAGGCUAGGGAAGUUAGCUACGGAAUUCCGGAAGAGACACCGUGGAGUUGAGACUUUCGUGCACAACACACAUGACGUUUACGCGGCUGCGAUUCAAGACCCAUCAAGUUACCCGCAGACUAGCGGACUGAAGAACACCACAGGCUUCUGCAAGGCGUAUGCAAACGGAACACCGACGUGGUAUACGUUCAGCGAGGAAUGCGCCCAUCCCGUCAAUGAGUAUUUCUGGCUGAACGAUUUGCAUCCGACCUUCCCGAUCCACAAUGCCACAGCUGCAUCGAUCGUGAAGUAUCUGGACUCACUGGGUUACUGUGGAGAUGCGGGGAGAACCAAUAAUCACUUCGGACGGAAGUCUUCCACCCGGUGCCGGUAACAGUAGGGGAAUGCUGGCUAGUACAAGUACAUGUACUUCGCUCGCGGGCCGGCCGCGUUUCUCGUUCUUCCGCGGGACAAGCGCUUUUUCCUUGCUGUACGGACGAAAAGGGGCUCUUGUCCCGUUUCAACUUCCAGUCUCACUGUGGUAGAAUCUUGUUUGAAGAUGAUGUAACAACCCACCUACGGCUAAUGCGGUGUAACAAUGUACACAACGGCCAAACCGCUAAACCCAAACUACUUUAACAUUGUCCUCCGCCCGGCUUUCACAAUUCUUCAAAAUACACAGCACUUUUACAGUG